UCCUGGUGGCGGCGCUGACGGUGAGUAUCUGUAAACACAACAUUUGGCGCCAAACCUUCAUCCUUCAAGAGUCUCCAGUUCUUCUAUAUAUACAGCCCAAAUUAAAAUUAAGGAUGGAGUUCGGGAGUCGAAGAGUACGCAAGAAUCGGCGAAUAGAAAUCGAGACGUCUUAUCCCAACGCUUUGCAACUGUACACAACGCCUCCCUCGGGGAAUAUCUCCCUCCAAGAAUUUGAUGAGAUGGCUAUUGAGAGGUUAAAGGUUUUAAGGACUGUGGAACGCCUGAACCUCAGUGGUCAAAUUAAGAACUCUGAAGAUUGGAUGAAUAAGCUAUAUGAGGACUUUUCAAAACACAAGUACUUUAUACACUCUGCUGAGAAGAUAUCAGACAAUAAGAGGGAUGAAGUUGAGGCAGCACGAAGACGUGAUCAUGUGUCUCAUUUUGUCCUGCGCUUGGCUUACUGCCGUUCAGAGGAGCUCCGACGCUGGUUCAUUGUACAGGAAACUGAUUUAUUUCGUGCUCGCUUCCUUCAUUGUUCCACAAAUGGGUCUGACAUUAAGAACUUUUUGGUCAGUAAUAAUCUUCAUUUCACACCAAUUUCAAAAGAAGAAGUACAUAAUCAGCGUGACAACUUGAUAGCUGGAACAUACAAAAUAAACAGCGGUGACAUGAUGGAAGGCCGAACAUUCUUUAAAGUACCAUUCACAGAAGCCCUGGAGUUGGUGCGGCAAAGAAAAGUUUAUUUAAGCGGUGGUUAUGCAUAUGUUCCUGAUACAGACUUGGUCACCCUUGUUACAGCAUCCUUUAGGUCUAAUCUUUCCCGUGCUCUUGCGAUAACAAACAAAGCACUGCCUCAAUUAGAGGAUGAUGAACGGUUGACACGACUUCUACACGACUUUGACAAGCGAUACACAGGCAACAGCUAUUCACAAAAGAAGAGUGGAGACGGUCUUCACAUAACCCCAGAUAUGAUUGACGAGCUUUCAACAAAGUCAUUCCCUUUAUGUAUGCGCCAACUGAAUGAUACUCUCCGGACAGCUCAUCACCUACGUUAUGGUGGACGACUCACUUAUGGAUUAUUCCUUAAAGCAGCAGGAUUGAGUUUGGAAGAUGCCUUAUACUUUUGGAGGUCUCAUUUCUUAAAAAAUAUGGAUGUUGACAAGUUUGAGAAACAGUAUGCCUACAACAUUCGUUACAAUUAUGGAAAAGAAGGAAAGAGGGUAGACUUCACCCCAUAUAGCUGCCUGAAGAUCAUAAUGACAAGUAUAGGGCCUGGUGAUGCUCAUGGGUGUCCCUUCAAACACAACGAUCAAACCAUGCUGCGACAGCGUCUUGUAAGCUUCAAAGUGCCACAGCAAGCUGUUAAUGAAAUAAUAGAAUUGGUGAGCAUGAGUCAUUAUCAGGUGGCUUGCCAGCGGUACUGGGAAGCCACUCACAAUGCUUGCCUUGAUGCUGGUAUCAAUCACCCCAAUCAAUUCUUUGAGGAGAGUCAGAAGAUUUUGAAUGGACAAACACAACCAAGUCAAGGCAAGAGGACAAUGCACGUGAAAACAAAUCGUAGUGUUAUGUACUCCUCUCAGUCUUCAACUCAGUCCACACAAGAAACGACUCAGUCCACACAAGAAACGACUCAGUCCACACAAGAAUCGACUCAGUCCACACAAGAUUCAACUCAGCCCACACAAGCUUCAACACAGGAUUGUGGCAAUACCUCGGAUUAUGAUUCCAUGAUUUUUGAUGAUGAUUUGGACUCUGUUAUGAUUGGACAGAGUAUGGAAUCAGAAGAUGCUUGAUGAAGUUGUACUAUACCUGUAUAAGUACAGUACAGUAUAUGGGUGUAGUACACAUAUAGAAAUGGCUUCUAUGGGCUGGACAGAUGAUUUUCAUAAUAUGGUGAGUACAAGUUAUGGUAAAGGUACAAAAGGUGAUAUUGGUAUGACAUGAUUUAUGUUCAUACCAAAAUAUAGUAAAAAAAAGAAUGCUUGAAUUGUUUAUUACCUUCAGUUUCCCUGGAGAUUGCACCUCAGAGUUUUACUUUUCUCCUUGGCACCAAUGUUGACCAGGAUGCUUAAUUUAUUGCUAUAUUUCCUAUUUGUACCUGUAUAUGGUUGUUUGUGCCUGUGGUUCACAGGAACUUACAUCUGUCACAGCCAGGUUGAACUUGCACACUUCUAAAAAAAUUGUAGUGUUCAUUUUUUAAACAGUGUUGUAUAUAAUCUUGGUGCAGAAGGUGUGUUCAUAGUAAAGAUCCUCAGAUAGUGUUUGGGGUCUUGAAAUUAUUCACUAUGCGGAAGAGAAAAAAAAAGAACCUAUCAGUACCUAUAUAUUAUAAAAAUAUACAGUCUAUACUUUUUUUUUUUUACUGUAUAUCACCUGGAUUGCUGUCAGUUCUUUGGCAUGGGUGCAUAGCUGUCAUCUACUUGAAAGAUCUAUCAUGCCAGAUAUUGGUAGACAGGGUGCUGGACCUUCUUAACUUCAACUAUAUCACCAACACAUCAUGUCCCCUCUCAAUAACAUACCCAAUAUUGUUGACACAUAUGUUUAGACUUAGAAUUUCACUUCCUUAGUGUGGCACUUGUUGCCAUUUCCUUGGCAACCAGGUUUGUAAUGAGUGGCAGCAGCUAUGUAGUGUCUAGGGUAGUAAUUUUUAGACCUGUGAGUUCAUAACAUGUUGCAUUCCAAUGCUCCUCCUUAGGUAUGCUAGACUUCCCAGAACCUACCAUAAUGACACACCAGCACUAUUUCCAAGAGAUAGCCUCUUAUUGUCAGUGCCCUGUAUUGUAAUGAGCACAUGUUAUAAGAGUACUUACUGUACUUCAUGUUGAAGUUUUUGAAAUUUUAUUUCAUUUACCAAUAACUAAGAUAAGAAAUGGGAUUUGUGCAUUGUAUUUUCUUGAAGACCCCUUUUUAGCUACCAUAUGUUCAAUAGGCAGAUAGCCCAUAAUAAUCCAGGCUACUGUCUCCCACAAUGCAAGCCAUGGUGAACUUUAUUCAAUCACCAUUCUCUCCUCACUGUACUGUCUCUCUCAAAAGAGGGAAUCUAGGUUCAGUAGUUGCUCUCAAGGGGUUUGGAGGUCUUCUUUGAGCUGAGCCCGUCCAACCAGCAUGUGCUGUGACAAGGCUGCUGUAGCACUACUUACAUCCUUUGUCCUCUCUGGUCUCUCCGUAAUGUAUUGUUGAACUUUUCCUCCCACAAUUUAGAUGGUUUUCCUCUAUACAGUGCACCUUCUAGAUAGCCUCCGCACACCCUCUUUACUCUUCUCUCCUUUUGCGUCCUUCUCACGGGUCUAUACCAUCUCACUGAGUCUUUAUCCAUUCCAUCACAAGAAUUUACAAUCUAUCCCUUUGCUACUAUACCAAGCAACCCAUACACUCAACUAUUUCUUAUCCUUUCCAUUCUGGUAAUUCAUGAAGUAGCCCUUGGGUAACUCAUCUUUGUUGCUUGCAAUUUUGUGCAACCUGCUCCAUUCCAAGUCCAUGUUUCACUGCCUUAAAUUAAAGUAGGAAGCAUUAUACUAUCUCUUAGUCUUCAUUACCUCCAAGCUACAGUCAAUUUCUUGAUGCUCUCUAGCUCUCCCAUCACUCUCUUCCCACCUUUAUAACAUUCUUGCUUAAAAUUACUUCCAGUUCUUGAAAUCUUAUAGAAGGGUAUUAUUGUAGCCUUCAACCAAUCAUCUGGUACCUUACCUGAUCUUCAUGCUGUAUGCUGAUUGGGUAAACUUGGCUCAUAGAAGAGCUUCUAGCCCCAAGUUCCUCAUUUGAGAUGGAUGGUGCAGUAGGGUGGGAGGGGUGAAUGUUAUACUGAAAUGGGUUAAUAAGUCACCCUGGCUUAUAUUGUGGGAACAGACAAACCAAUCUGAUUCCUCCAGUAAGCAACCUUUUAUGGAAGCCACCUGGCCAUGAGUGGGCAGAAGACAUUGUUCACUUAGUUGUAAAUAAGUAUAUGUUCAACCAGAAAGACUCAUUGUAAGUCAUAACUUACCUUGGAACCAUAUUUCUCAUAGAUUUCUGUUCAUUGCAGGCUGGUAAAGGGCCAAGGUGAUGUAGAUCAGUUCUGUGCAUGAUGGUGGAACUACUGAAGGCCUAAAAUAUACUCUUCUUUUUAUUUAUUUCUCAGGAGCUAUUCUUAUACAUUUGAAAAUUAACUUGCACUCUUGAAUCUAGUAUAAUUUUGCACUUCUUUUGUGUACUAAAGUUAUUUUUGUGUACAUAAACAUGAAUUUGAUGAGUCUUAUGUCAAAUAGUGAAAUAUUAACAGUGCUUUUGGUUUGUGGAAAUGAAGAUGUUAAAAUUUUCAAUGACAACAUUUUCAUCUCUUUAAUAAUGAAUUAUUUUAUUUAUUUACUGUAUUUUUGGUAGGGGGGUGGGUUGGGUACAGUAAUUACAGGGACAGUCAAACUCCAUACAUUAUAUACAUAUGCAUUCAGGUAUCUCUCACUAUACAGUACAAACAUUCAAGAACGAAAAUUCACUUACUGUACAGGAUAUGAAUUUCCUAAAUUUAUACCUUUUUUUCAUGUUUCGAAGGCUUACCCCGCUUAUAUGAAUUUGGGUCCCUGGAAAAAUUCAAAUCGCGCACCCCUGGGAGUCAGCCGGGGCGGCCAGCUUGGAGAGAUGCACAGAGAUGUAUUCUAGCUCACUGAUUUUAAGUCCCCCUCCCUCCCGCAUCUCCCAUAAUCCCAUGUCUGUAUUUCUGCCAUUGGGUGUGUGUGUGUGAAGUGAUCUCUCUUUAUUUAUGUGUAUUCGUGUCAUCCUUUUGUUAUUCUAUUUGCCAUGACAUUCAAGUGUUCUGCUGAAUCUUGGGCUAUCUGUACUACACCAAAGAAAAUACGAAAGGCUGAGACUCUUGAGACAGUAGUGAUGAGGUGGACAGCCCUCCUCAUCUCACUUGUGGUGAGCCCAGUAAGCAAUCUCAUAAGAUAGUAAAUUACAGUACAGGGGUAGUUGUGUACUAUUUAUCAUUGGUUAGGUAGGUUCAUUAUUGUUUGUGAGCUGAUUUCAUGUUUUUUGGGGUAUGAUAUUGGGGUUUUAUUGUCAUCGGGGAACUGAUCCCAGUUUUCCCCAUUGUUAUUCUUAUUCGCUAUAUGAAAGUUCACUUAAUGAAUGGUUUUCAGGAACCUAACCCAUUCAUAUAGCGAGGGAUACCUGUAUACAUACAUACAUUCAACUUGAAUCAUGAGAUUGAGAGGUCUGUGAUGAUCCUGCUAUUAUCAGGAACUUCAUUUUCCAAGUUUAGUAUCACAUGCUUAUUUUUUCUAAUUAGCACCAAAUUGUUUUAGAUCAUAUAAUAAAAAGCAAAACACAUUUGUUAGGAAAUAAUAACUGUGGUUAAAAAAUUGUCGUCUCUUUUGUAAAAUUACUGAUUUUAUUAUUUUUGUAAUUUUAUUUUUCUCUUUAAUUACAUGAGAGCUUCAGUAGUAAUGAUUACAAUCAAAACUUACGUUUUUUUCCGAUUUCUUUUCGUGCAUUUGUUCUCACACUUGUCUUUUUACAUUACAUUCUUAAUUUUAAGACAUUUUUAGUGAUUUAUAUGCAGUAUGUAUUAUUUGGUUCUGUGCACGAAGCAGUCAUUUGAGUUUUAUGAUUAAACAAUGUGCAGUUCUCAUGCAUAUAUUACUUCUGUGCUGCUAGGUUUAUAACUUGGGAAGAUGUGUAAAUGACAGGUAUAUAAUUUUAACAAGUUGUAGGUUGUGAAAGCUAAGCACGUACAGAGAGAAGCAAGAUGAUAUGGUACAUUGCAUGGGAAUUGUCUAGAGAUAUGUAUGUGUUGAUACAAAAUUAAGGUUGGUUUAAAUAGCAAGAUAUAAUAACUCGGUAGAAGUAAUAUGCAGUCUAUUGGGUUAUGUUUAAAGUUAGGGAUACUUAAGUACAGUAUACUUUUAAGUUUACAAACAAAUUUAUAAAGAUGAUUUUAUACCAUUACUCAAGAUUACAUAAACUAAGGCAUUAGAUUUAUACCAAAUGAUAGAAGAAAUAAUUAUUAUCCGUUAUUAUCUUAACUAGCCAACCUACUGUACAAAAAAAGGCUAGGUAAUAGGUGGAUAUAAAAUAAUAAAGCCAAUCUUAAA